CUUUCCUUUAUCCUUUUUCUUCCUCCUUCCUUCACUUAAAUCUUUUCAAUCUCCACCCAAUUCAAUAACCCACUUAUCAGGCUGCCCCUGGCGGAACCUUUGCGAGGCCGGAACCAACGUGCUGUAUGGCUCUGGCGGCCGGAGGACUGUUAUGGAAAAGGACCACCAAUUCCCUGAAGGGUUGGUCGGAACAGUUCCGCUGGGAGAAGGUGGCCGUGAGGUCCUCAUCUUCGUCUCUCGAUAUGCACCGACAGAAUUUUCGACCCCCGACUCCUCCUUACCCCGUCCCGGGUGUAGGAGGUUGGGGUAGCGGGAGCAGCUUCCGGGGCGCCCCGGGCGGAGGCGGACCGCGGCCGCCCUCCCCUCGGGACGGGUACGGGAGUCCGCACCACACGCCGCCGUACGGGCCUCGGUCUAGGCCCUACGGAAGCAGCCAGUCUCCGCGACACGGCGGCAGCUUCCCCGGGGGCCGGUUCGGGUCUCCGUCCCCUGGCGGCUACCCUGGCUCCUACUCCAAGUCCCCCGCGGGGUCCCAGCAGCAAUUCGGCUACUCCCCAGGGCAGCAGCAGACCCACCCCCAGGGUUCUCCAAGGACAUCUACACCAUUUGGAUCAGGGCGUGGUAGAGAAAAAAGAAUGUCUAAUGAGUUGGAAAGUUAUUUCAAGCCUUCAAUGCUUGAAGACCCUUGGGCUGGCCUAGAACCAGUAUCUGUAGUGGAUAUUAACCAACAAUACAGCAAUACUCAAACAUUCUCAGGCAAAAAAGGAAGAUACUUUUGUUAACAUUUCUGAAAUUCAACUGGAACCUUCAUGUGUCAGGAACAUCAUGGACAAAACUUACUUGUGUAAUUAAGUUGAACCCUAAGAUGGUGACUUUGAAUGAUUAGUUGGGUCUUCGUGGUAUUUUUUGUCAUAUCAAGUAUUGUUGGUAUUAGGGAAGACAUAUGGUAGGAUAAUUUGCAAUAUUAAGCUCUCUGGAAGUGCCUGCCACAUUUUAGAAGAUUUACCAUUUCCAAAUAUUUAACAUUCUUGGUUAUAUAAUGGACAUUUGUCUUUUAAUGUUUUUUCAAUGUUUUAAAAUAAAACAUUUUGUCUUUCUA